AUGUUUGGUCCAUACCUUUUGUUACAAACUUUAGGUGAGGGUGAAUUUGGUAAAGUAAAACUAGGAAUGCAUGUUGACACUAACGAAGAGGUAGCAAUUAAACUUAUUCGUAAAGAAUCUGUGGACACACCAUCUAGGCUAACAAAAAUUGAGAGAGAGAUUGGCGUAUUACGGAGCGUAAUGCACCCAAAUAUCGUAAAAUUAUACGAUGUAAUUGAGACAGAACGUUAUAUUGGUAUAAUUAUGGAAUACGCAUCUGGUGGCGAAUUAUUUGAUCAUAUAUUAGCGCAUCGAUAUCUCAAAGAACGAGACGCAUGUCGACUCUUUGCACAACUUAUAAGUGGUGUAAAUUAUUUACAUCAAAAAAAUAUAGUACAUCGUGAUCUAAAGCUAGAAAAUCUCCUGUUAGAUCGCAACCGUAAUAUUAUUAUUACAGAUUUUGGAUUCGCAAAUCAAUUUAACGGAGCACAUGACGAUUUAAUGGCUACAUCUUGUGGUAGUCCUUGUUAUGCAGCUCCGGAAUUGGUAAUUAGCGAAGGAUUAUAUGUCGGAAGCGCAGUAGAUAUUUGGAGUUGUGGUGUAAUUCUGUACGCCAUGUUAUCUGGAUAUUUGCCAUUCGAUGACGAUCCCUCAAAUCCUGAUGGGGACAAUAUAAAUUUAUUAUACAAAUAUAUAAUUAAUACUCCGUUGGUAUUUCCCGAUUAUGUAAGCCCCGGUGCGAGAGAUUUACUUAGAAAAAUGUUGGUUCCAGAUCCAGCGAAAAGGUGUGACAUGAAAACUAUCAUGUCUCAUAAGUAA